AUGAAAACACAGAAAUUGACCCGUUUUACACAAUCUCUCUCUGAGUGGCAAACGUUUCAGUUCUAUUUCAGAAUGCACGCAUAAAGCAGAAAAAACCUGCAACUAUUUGCUUUUUAGACAUUUGGCAAUUGUACACAAAAAUUUACAGUAAACUUCGGUGAAGGCCAACUUUCCAAGAUGAAUUGGUUCCUGUUUGUGCUUUUUCUUUUCACAUUUUAUAUUCAAACUUUCUGUGAGAAAGUUUGUGUGCAAACUGACACAGAAAAAUGGGCCCGCACUGUACCGCCAGGUUUCCUUAGUAUUACCGUCGACCCAGUGACUUUGCUCUCAGCAGGACCUUUACAGGGACCUACUCUAGAAAUGGCGAAGGCCCUAUCACCAGCUUUUGUCCGUAUCUGUGGCGAGGGUACUGAUUUAUUGCACUUUGGAGAAGAACUGUUCAAAAACAAUACAUCAGUUACUGAUGUGGAGAUUGAUUCGGUGAUGCAAUUUGCAAACAAUGCUGACCUACGUGUCAUCGUUGGUCUCAAUCCAACAGAAAGACAAAAUGGGUACUGGAAUUCUGAAAACGCUUUAAAAAUUAUGUCUUAUAUGAAUAAAAAAGGUUACAAAGCCUCCUGGCAGUUAGGAUGUGGUAUGAAUAUCCCUCAUUUGAGUGGAGAACACAUUGCAACUGAUAUCUUAAAAUUGAAAAAAAUAGUAGACAGUUUUCCACUGUUUUCCAAAUCCUUGGUUCUUGGUCCUGACUUUGAUAACUCUGAAAAUGAAAUUUUGAAGGAUUUUCUUCAGUACGGUGGCAACUCUGUAUCUUCUGUCAUUAUUUCAUUGAAACCACAAUCGUACUAUGAUUUGGAAACGUACAUAGAAAAUUCACUUAAAAAUGUUGAAAGUUCUAUUCGGAAACAGAAUGUUAACCCAGAGGCAGAGUUUAAAAAAUCAGUUUUCCUGGCUGAUGCUGUGGCAAGUGGAGGCACCUUCGAGCAAGCAAAGCAGUUAGCUAGAACAUUGGGAACUGCAGCUGCACUUGGUUGUAAAAUGGUCUUUAAAAAAUGCGGAAAAAUAUCCCUCACCACUCCCACGCCAGAAUUCUGGUUUUCUGCUCUAUAUAAAGCAUUGGUCGGAAGAUACGUUUUCAAUGCAAAAGUGUUAUCAGAUAAUAAUAAUAAUUUACAUGUGUAUUCUCAAAGUACUCCAACUCUUAAACCACAAAUUCUCGACAGACAUUAUCCAAAUGGUUCUUUAACCCUCUUUGGCGUCAACGACUCACCAGAUGAAGUUGAAGUGGAAGUAAAAGACAGCCCAAUGGAAGGAUCAAUGCAUAUUUUUUCCCUGACAACUCAAUUACACGGCCUAAAGGAAGUAACACUUCUUAAUGGACGAGAGUUGUCAAUGUUGGAAUCCAAGCUUCCACUUCUUGCUCCUACUGUUAAGAAAGGGGGAUUAGCUCGCAUCCCCGGGAACUCAAUUUUUUUUAUCGUGCUGCCAGAAGCAGGGCUUAAAACAUGUUCAGUCGCAGGCUCGAGAUCUAUUACUAAGAGGGAGAUCGUAAUCAAAAGGCCAGAAUUAAAACAGAUCAGCUUAACUGAGCUUGAUCAAAAGUAUAGAAAUUUUGCAAAAAAUAUAUACAACAAGAUGUUACAAGAUUCUGGCUUGGUGCAGGAGAAAAAAGACGAUAUGUCAAUAUCUUUCAUCACCUACAACACUAAUGGCUGGUUGAAUGAUCUUCUGGACCACAUUUUACCAAUAGACAAUAGUGGUAAUCAAGUGCAAAGUGCCUCAACGCAGAAUACAAAAAAUAUCAGAUCAAAGCGUUCAACAGAAAUAGUUCACAAAGAAAAUGAAAAUUUUAAUACUGGAAAUGUAAAUGAAGUUAAUACAUUUUUCAACGGAGAAGUGGAAGAUACACAAAAUGCAAAUGAGGAUGACCAAAUGUCAAUUGAAAAACUAAACCAACCUAUUGAAGGACUGAUUCACAGUGAAAAUGGUAUGGAUAUUAAAGAAAUUGAAGACCAAGAGGGAAUUGACCGAACUCUAGUUAAUAUUGCAAAAGAGGAAGAAAAACUACUAAAUAAUUCAUCACAGGCUCAAAUACAACCUGAAGAAAGUGAGGCACCUUCAAGUGAAGAAAUUGAGAAUAAAGCUGAUAGUAAUAACGAAGAUUUAGUUAUGGAGAAUGACUCUGAAGAUGUUCCUUAUGUCUCUGCACCUGAAUACCCACAAGAAAUUUCAGAUAUUGGAAAAGAUCAAAUACCAGAAAACAUUGACAGAUAUGAUUUUCCUAAUCUCAAAACUUCAUAUACAGUAAAUCCACAAGUUCCUCAAGAACCGCCCAUGAUUCCACAAUAUUUGCCAAAACAUCCACCAUCUCCAUCAAAUCCAAAUUUCAUCAGUUCACAUACUUCCUAUCCCACUCAAACAUCUGAGCUCAUUCUUAAUGAGAAGAAAGAAAAUGCAAUAAACUCUAUUUUGACCAAAAUUGUAUCAAAGGAAAAUGCGUUGUAUGAGAACAAACCAGUCGACCCAUCAAAAGCAGGGACUGUCGAAGAAAUGGAUACCAGCCCAUUGGUGCAAGUAGUGGUGCCUGAAACAGAUCUUGAUGUAUAUGUCCCUCUGAACAGUUUAGACACAGAGAAUGAGGAUGUCCGACAAACUUUAAGCCCUGGUGAUAAUCUUAUACUACCAAGUAAUGACAGACCCACUGUCAAAGUCCAACGGCAAAUCAAUGACGACCCUCUCUAUAAAAACAACCCAGUAAAAAAAGUUCAGGAUUACCUAAUGGACAUUUUGAAUAAAGUCCCAAAGCAAAUACCAAUUACUCUGAACGAUUUGCCAGAACCAAAUGAAAGCAACAGAGAUAAAGUCCUUCACUUAGGUUGGCCAAAAAAAGUGUCACAACCCCUGCCUGCAUCACCUGCUCAGUUGCCUGAAAUGAACGAUCCUUUGUACACCACCAAACUGGCUGAAGCAGUCAGAAUGUUCAUAGAACAAAAAAAAGUGGAAUAUGAAGCAAUUAAAGCAAAGAUGGCCAGUGUCAGACAAAAGGUUCUAGAAUCGUCGACGAAUAUCAUCAACAAUGAAGAAUUAUCAAAAAGCCUUAAACAGCGGGGUGAGGAAAUAAAAACCAUCCUUAAACAAAUGGAACCCGAUGGAAUCUCAUCUAAAAUGCCUAUUCCCCUGUAUAUUCCAAGUAUAAGAGCAAAAAGGAGUGUUAAAGAACAAACUCUUUCAGAUGAUUCAAAACUAAAUGUUGACGCAAAACAACUCUACACCCAUGAAAGGAUGAAAAGGUCUUUUUCAGAAGAACUUGAUAAAUUAAUAGAAAAAGCACGAAGUUGGUUCGAUGAUAUCAACCCUUUUUCUUCGUCCAAACGGUCCAAAAGAACCCCCUCAAUGGACAACUCUGUAAAAUUUUCUGACAAUGACAUUAACUAUCAUGAUUCUCAAGUCAAUUCUAUAAAAUUUUCUCAAAACUCAGAUGACAUAGAUAUAAACAGCAGGCUGAUAAAAGACUUUCUGCUUAAAAAAAUUAAAGGAAACACGGGCAUGUAUGAAUUUGUCAAGAAAUAUAAAGAAAUGUUAGAAAAUCUUAAGAAAACUGAACAAAUCCUUGAUUCUGGAAGUUCAGAUUUCCAAACUUCCGUUGAAGAAAAUACCAAGGAGAAUGGAAUAUUAGGGAAAACUGAUCCCUGUAAAGACUCGUUACAAAUUGAUGGCACAAGUGAAAACAGUGAUAGAAAAGAUAUAGCUGUUGUUGAAUUUGUUGUUUCCUCAAAUGGCCCUGAAGCCAUCGAUGAUGAAACUUUUGUUAAACAACUUCUCCAAGGAAUGGUCAUGUUUUUCAGCAUGGUGAAACAGCUAAUGGAAAAUUAAUUUUGUACAAAUUAAAUAACACAUUUGUUAUUAUUAUUUAAUUUAAUUUUUGUUUAUU